CUGUCUCCGUGCUGCUCUCCAACAGCGGCCUGAUGGACCAGCUGCAGACAGUCCUCUCUUCCUCCUCCUCCUCCUCCUCCUCCUCUUCCUUAUUUACUCCAUCAACCUGUCCUCCCUCAGCCCUGCUGUGCUGCAGCCACCUCCUCCUGUCCUCCCUCGUUACCUUGCAGCACGUUCACUCGUCUCAGGUCCAAAAGAGCAUCAGUUGGAGUCUGGACGAAGCUGUGCAGCGACUCCUCGUUCAGAAACGAAACAUGGACAAUCUCUCGCUGGUCAGCCUCCUGAGGUUGCUGCAGGCUCUCCUUGAUGCUGACCUGGAAUCAGAAGUGGUGUCUCUGACCAGCGGUCCUAGCCUGGUGGGGCCUCGUCCCCUGGGGGUGGAAGACGGGUCUUUGUACCCUCUCGGCACCAGAGGAGCUCAGUGCCUCUCCACGGCUCUCAGCGGACUUCUUCUGCAGAAGCACGAGCUGUUGCUGAGAGCUUCAGUGAACUGUCUGGGCUCGCUGCUGGGCUUCCUGCAGAGGAGGAGUCCCUCCACAGCGAAGUUCGUGGUGUGUCAGCAGUGGAAUCGGUUCCUCGUCUACUGCCUGCUCAGCUCAGGAGAGAGCUACCGUCUGCACCCCGUGGUCCACAAACUCAUCACCAUCCUCCUGAAGCACGGCAACAGUGCGGCGGUGCUGUGGGAGCCUGACCUGCUGUGGGUGAUGGAGGCGGUGGAGUUGAGGGGGGUGAAGGAGCUCAGCGAGGAGGCAACACAGAGCCUCAGGCUGCUGCUCACUCAGACCCUGAGGAGCGUCCUGCAGCCUCCGCUCACAGAGGAGCAGAAGCAGAGAGUGAAGAGUGUGAUCAAGUCCCUCGCCCUUCACACUCCUCCAAAUCUGCCCAGCAAGGUCCUGCGAUUUGGAGACGUGUCCAUCUGUCUUUCUGACUUCACAGUGAAAUCCGAGGUUUUCCAGUAAACUACAAAACUCAACAAGCCAUGAAUCUGGCUGGAAUAAUUUUAGUUUUAAAUUUGUAUGUAUGCAGUGCACCGUGACACCAAGUCGAAUUCCUUAUGUACGUGUGAAGCUGGCAAUAAACCAAUUUCUGAUUCUGA